AUGGAAUUCGAGAAUUCUAUUGAGGAAUCUGCUGAUGACGAUGACGACGAUGAAGACGAAGAAGAAGAAGAAUUUCCUCCAUUACCAUCGGACAUUGAUUUACCAUCGUAUGCAAAUACUCCUGAUCCAUAUGAUAACCGACAUAAUGCUCUUGAACUAUUCUAUUGUGUGUCUCCACCACUACCCUCUCCGCCAUCACUACAACCAUCGCCACUAAUGACACCCCUCUCAGCAGAAACGAUGACACGAAUAUAUACAAAUUGUCAUACAGUAUCUUCGAUUCGAAGUCAUGAUAAUACGAAACAACAGACAAUUUCAUUUGCUACUCAAUUCAAGAAAAAAGCUCGAGCGCCAGUUGUCGGCCUUCUUCAAGGCGUUUACAUUAACAUGCCUGUAUCAAAUUCACUACCGUCACCACUACAACCGCCACCACCGCUACGUCCAUCAGAGCCUCUAACCCUUUCAAAUGAAGUUACUUAUGCUACAUUAAUGAAUACAACAUCAGCCGGACCAUCGACUUGUUCUGAUCAAGUAACAAAUCAUGUUCAUUAUCAAGAGAUUCAUAUAGAAAAUAAAAGUGCAAAAACGAAUUCAAGUAGAAUAUACGAAAAUAUUAAAACACGUCGGCCACCUCCACCACCAUGUUACUCACAAACAAAAUUUUUAAAACGAACUUCAUCAUCAUCUGCAAUUACUAUUGAAGCCGAACGAUCACCAUCCUAUUUCAAUAUACUCGAUGACAAUAUUAUUCCAGUAUCAUCUGAACAUAUCUAUAUUAAUUUACAAUACCACGAUGAUAAACCACCAGUUAUUCCAACACGUACGACUAAACAAGUUCAAUUUUCUAUUCAAAUGUCACCACCACCGCCUGCUAUCCCGCCAAGAAAUGAACAAAAACAAGAUACUCAUAGUCUAUCAUCAAUGAUUCUAAUAUCUCCAGAUGAAAAAGAACAAGACGAUGGUGAUGAAGCUAAUGUUCUCGAAACUAGUUCGAAUACAAGUAGUGUUCAAACGAUCAAAGAACUCAACGUCAGCAUGACUCCUAAUUGUGGUGAUAAAAGUGAUCUAUAUCGUACAAAAAUGUCAAUAAAUCCAUCGGAAAAUAUUCCAUCGUUUUUAAAUGCGCGUCAACGACGAUUAUUGCAUGGCACGCGACGACGGCGUCUACGCGGUUCUGUUGCUUUACGUGGUUCAAUCGGGCCACGCGGUAAUGCAAGAGGAUCUGUUAGUAAUAAUCAUAAUCAUAAUCAUAAUCAUAAUCUGAAUGCAAAUCGACAACAAAAUUCACGUUCAAAUUCGACUACUGCAGUUCGCCAUCCGAUGGUUUUAGAUGAUCGUUGGCGACGUACGUUACGUAAACGACGACGGCAACGCGCUGUACAAAUGAAAUUAGAUGGAAAUCAAUUAAGCCAGUCAACGAGAACAGCACGACCACUAUCUGAUCAUACUUAUAAUGAAAUAAAACAACCGAUUUCAUUAAACAAUAGAAUAAAUACGAAUAUUCAUCAUCCAUCAGCAGGAGGCGUACUUGAACGCGCGAUGCAAUUUAAUGGAGCAUUGAGAGAUCGAGUAUUUUCUUGGUAUCGAGGAGCAAAUCAUAAUGGUCGCGAUCAAUCGCAACCCGACGAGCAGCAGCAACAGCAACGCCAACAAAAAGAACAAGAGGCAAUUCCACAAAUUUGUUCAGCUUCAGAGAAUGGAGAAUCUGAUCAUAAGGGUACAACAACAAAUGAAGAUGACGAAGAAGAAGAAGAAGAAGAAGAAGAAGAAGAAGAAGAGGAAGAAGAAUUUUUCACUCAUGAUACAUUCGAAGAUUUUCUCUUACGCCGUCGACCAAAAUCCGCUGCAUCGACUACAGUCAGCGGUUCUAGUACAAUUGUUUCACAAACUGAAUCUGUUGUACAACGAAUACCAGUUCGAAAAAUAUCCAAUAAAAAAUCUCAUGUUACUCAUUCAACACCAUCAGUUCCUCUGCCUCCUCCACCGCCACCGCCACCUUUACCACCAAGUCCACCGCCUAGCCGUCGUUUUCCUGGUUUAGCAUUAGGCUUGGACAAGACCGAUGUUGAUUUCAUUCAUAAUAUGCUUCAACGUACACGUGGUGAUCAUCGCGUAUGGAAUCGAAUUACUGCACUCAAAGAAGCUUAUAUACGAGCAACAAGUAAAAAGAAAGAUAUACCGAAAAAGGUAAAGCCCAAUCCAAAUCAAAUGGAUGAGAAAAAGAAAAAGAAAGCGUCGGCCAUGAAAUAUUCAUUGGCAGCAACGAAAGUUCGUGCCGAACUUGAAAAAUAUGAUGAACUACCGACAAGUUCAGCAAUUGUUCAUGAUGACGAUUAUUAUUAUGAUGAAACAUGUUCCAUAAAUAAUCAUCAUCAUCGUAAAAUGAGUUUUAAUCCGCAGAGUCGUUCUGCAGCUGGUCUCACUGAAACACCGUCAACAGCACAUCGACUUCUAAAUUUUGUUGUAUCGAUCAAGCGACGUGCUCAAAAUAAUGUUCAACAAUUACAAAAAAAUCUUAAUGAAAUUCGUUCACGAAUGAAUAUUGAAGGAAUGGCAGCUCCUCCCAAUGAAGUCAGUAUCAAACGUCAUACGUCGAUGGCAGCACGACAAAAACCGACACUAAGAGAUACAUCGAAUAUAACUCGAAUACAUCAAUCACGAGCAGAAGGAACAAUCAAACAAAAUAAUUUAGUGCGUCGUACCAAUAGUCACCAUUCGACAACGUCAACCGAACAGCAAGUUAAUGUUAUUCAGAGACGUCAAAUCAACCGAACUCAAUCAAAUGCAUCUCAAUUACCACAACAACAGCAACUAAAUAUUAGUCACCAUCGCCAUCGGAUCGCCAAUGAAAAACUUUCAAGUGUUGUUGAUCCAUCACCUAAUUUAACCAUCCGACCUCCGCCAUUUGAGCGGCUUUCAUCACGUCAAAUACUAAAUGGAACGACUGCUCGUCAACAACGUUUGAAAAACCCUACUUGA